AUGGACUUACCUUCUCUAUUAUCUAUUAAUCGUCUCAAGUGGGGGCCUCGUUCUCUCGACGAUCUGCACGAAGUACUGGAGAUCAUCCAAUCCCGUCACCCGAAUGUGCCAAUCGUUGGCGCGGGCUUCAGUUUUGGAGGGCUUUGUCUGCAGUCUUACGCUGGGUCACCUGCCAACCACAAAUCGAAGUUAUUAAAAGCUGCAGUCUCGUUCUCCGGAUGCUUCGAUCCUGAAUUCAUCUACACAGAGGGUGUACUCAGGCAUCGUCUCAUGCCGUACGACUUAGGACUAUCCCUGUCCGUUGUCAAUGACAUGAAGCCACAUUUCGAACUAAUGGGGAAGCACUUGGGCACAGAUUUGGGCAAGGUCCUGAUUGGUUCGCGAUCCAUGGAAGCUUACCACAAUGCUAUCACAAUUCAAGCUAUGGGUAUCUCCAGUACAGUCGAGUACUGGUUGAUGAUGGGCCAAUUCCAUCGCCAACUGAUGCGUAGUAUAAACGUGCCUGUACUGAGUUUAUUAGCGGACGACGACCCGUUGAUACCCCCGAAAGUGUCUGCGGGAGCUGUAGAGAGCAUCACACAAUCCGAUGGGGCGAUUCUGGUACAGACCAAGCGAGGCGGCCAUGCGGGAUUUUUCGAGUACUCCACAGGAGAGUGUUAUGCGGAUAGAGUGGCGCUCGACUUUUUGAAUGCGUGUUGCAGACGUUGUGUGGUUUGAAUGGAUUCGCAUCAUACCAGACCUGUUCAUUUGCCUUAAGUAUUAUACCAGACCUGUUCAUUGGCUUUAUGUGCAUAUUGGUAGUGGACCAUGUACUUGUUCAAGAUAGUUGGCAUCUUACUGUCGCAACUUUGACAUGCUUUUUAUAUACACAAGCACGUGAUGGCUUAACCAGGAAUGUCUCACAAACUGCGUUUGCGUGGCGUGCGUUGCUACGUUCCUCAAUUACGCAAUGAGAGAACAUACACGGUGCACACGCUCAUACAUGAAACUUAACAACGCCAGCCUUCUCGCCCACUUGUGACAACCGAGUAUCCGGACAAGGGAUACUGCCCACAGUUGGCUUUGGCGGUGGAGAUAACAACGACCAGAGCGAGGAUACGCACUAGGCACAGAGUGUGACGUGCUAGUACAAAUGACCAGAGACUCGCGACGCCAACUGUAUACACAUGGGUCGGCAGUAUGAAUUGAUAGCAGUAGGUGAUCGCUUAUUGCAACGUAGUUGCGGAAGUUAUGUAGUGGAAGCCACUAUCUCUACCAGAUGGGUAUUUAUAUAGGCACAAUUCAGUGGCUGACAAGUGCUCGCACUUCUAUUUUGAGCGAACUCGUAGCGGAUCUGCAUGAAGCACACUAUUACGUUGGUGUGCUGACAUCGAUAAAUUUGGGCAGUGACCGGAGAACUCACAACAGUACCCUUUGUUGAGGAAUAUCAGAAGGGCCAUUCUGUACCUCAAAUGUAAACGUUUUGAAUACUUAGCGUUUGAUUGGCUUAGUUAACCAUUAAAAAUCUGAAUUUACAGCAUAGUUUAUACCAAUCGUGAACAUUCCCUAUGACCCUGUCAAGACUUAUUUCCGUCCUUUCCUGGCUUUGCGUGAUACAACGGCUUUGCGUGAUACAACUAUCAGAUCACGCGAGCCCAUUCGUUGUAAUUCAGCAGGAUUCAAAUAUCUCAAUAGUGUGAUAUUAUGAUUCAUUCUGGAUUGUAUCUUUUGUGGUUUGCAUAGGGGCAUUUGCCUUCUUUAGUAAGGAUAUGGCUUGCCUCCUUUGCUCUUUCAGGUACGCUUGGAAGGCUUGUCGUUCUGCGGCAUUCCCC